UUGAUGUUGAUAAUUGUUCAUAUUAUUAUGGUUCAACAACUCCUAGCACCAAGUCAUUCUGUAUGAUCUGUUAACUUGAUAGAAGUUAACAUCAUUUGGAGACUGCUUUAUCUAUAACAACUCAUCGUGGCGCCUAAAUUAUUGUGUUGGUGGUGAGGUCACUACAAUGUAUCAUUUGGAUCGCCCUAUGUACCUGUUGGGAUAUAUUGCGAACCAAAGUCGAGUUUAUCUUAUUGACAAGGAGUUGAAUGUCAUUGGGUACACAUUACUUCUGAGUUUGAUUGAGUACAAGACCCUUGUGAUGCGUGGGGAUUUGGAUCAUGCAAACAAAAUUUUAUCAUCCAUACCAAAGGCGCAAUAUAAUAGUGUUGCUCAUUUUUUGGAAUCGAGAGGUAUGUUGGAAGAGGCUCUUGAGAUAGCCACUGAUGCUGACUACAAGUUUGACCUAGCUGUGCAGCUUGGAAAAUUAGAUGUCGCGAAGGCUAUCGCCAUAGAAGCACAAAGUGAAUCUAAAUGGAAGCAGUUGGGCGAACUUGCCAUGUCCACAGGCAAGCUAGAGAUGGCAGAGGAAUGCCUUCUUCAAGCAAAGGACUUAAGUGGCUUGUUGCUACUGUACUCAUCUCUUAGAGAUGCUGAAGGAAUUGAAAAGCUUGCUUCUUUGGCAAAAGAACACGGAAAAAACAAUGUUGCUUUCCUCUGCCUUUUUAUGCUCGGUAAAGUUGAAGAUUGCAUACAGUUGCUUGUAGACAGCAACCGUAUACCUGAAGCUGCAUUACUGGCGCGUUCAUAUCUUCCUAGCAAAGUACCAGAGAUAUUGGCAAUUUGGAGAGACGACCUGAGUAAAAUUAAUCCAAAAGCUGCAGAGUCUCUAGCAGAUCCUUCUGAAUAUCCAAAUCUAUUUGAAGACUGGCAGGUUGCUCUAACUGUAGAAAAAAGUGUUGCGUCUCAGAGGGGCAAUUAUCUUCCUGCUGACCAGUACUUGAAUCAUGCUGAGAAGUCAGACAUGACUAUUGUGGAAGCUUUCAAAAGGAUGCAGGUUGUUCAGCAUGAGGAACCUGAAGAUGUGGCUGAGGAAAAUGGAGAACUUGAUCAACAGGUAUCUCACAUGCAUUCUGCUUCUAUUGCCCAUUUCCUACGACUCUCUAUUCUGCUUCUAUGGAUCUAGAUCUGUGAUGUUGCU